AUGCUAAAGUUUUCAAAUGUAUUUAUACUAAGCAUUAUGCUUUUGCUUCUUUAUUUAAACUAUACUCUUUGCUUCUAUCAAUUCAAACCAUUACUUUCUUACAAUAAUUAGCAAGUGAUAAAUGAUGAGAUAAUCAAUCGAAGAUAAUUGCAAGACGAGCUUAUAGAGGAUUUGUUGAUUGAAUCAGCUACUGAUUACUCAGUCGAGGAGGAAGAAGAGGAUAAGCUAGAUCUGAUAAUAGAUGAGAAAUUUGAAAACUUUACUUCAACUGCUUAAUGCUUCACAUACUCUGAAGAACAGAAGUCAAACAACUCAGAGUUAUUUUACUAUUCCAUGGAUAGUUUUGAGCAGUGCUAAACUGCAAUUUUCAGGUAGUAUCUGACAAAUAUGACGGAAUAUGAUGGGAUAUAUCAAGGCACUUGGGAGAUUUCUGAUUAAGAUGAUCCUGCUGAUAUAUCUCCAGUAAUGCUCAAGAAUUCUGGAAAGUCUUAGUUUCAUAUACAAUUCAAAAUAUAGCCAGAAGUAGGAAACAGAUUUGGACAUAUCUACUUUUCAGGCUCAAUCUAAUCUGAAAAAUAUAGGAAAAACUAUGUUGACGUUAGCUUUAUGGAUCCUAAAAUUAUUGAAUCCUUGAGAUUUGAUGAGGAAGAUAUUCAACUACUCAUUUGUGAUAACAGUGAUAUGCAUGGCUUUUGCCUAUAUAAUAAUGACCUAAAUCAAAAAAGCUAUGUCGAUGAAUACAGUUUCUAUCAAUCUAUCUAAUCAAACAUUCUUAAGAAGGAAGUUAUUCAUAUUUUAUUGUCAAUUUUAUAUAUUCUUGAGAUCGAUGAAGCUCUGCUGCUUUUAAAUGGAUCACUGUGGAUACCAUAAAUAAUCAGAACAUAUUAAAAGAAAUCUAGAUAAGGUCCUGACAUGCCUUAUGUGCUUAUUAUGACUCUUAAUCAUAUUUUUAUGCCAUUUUAUCAAAGAGCCUGCCCACAAAAUUUAUUCGACAGAGAGCCUACAUACAGGCUCUCAGCAGUCUUUAUUUUAUAUGUAUUGGGCUAAAUUGCAAUUGUAUUUUUGUAGUAGAAAAUUGGGCCGAGAUUUUUUAUUCCAAAGAGAUUUAGAAUUAAUCGUAAUGCAUUUAAUUAUUUUCAUAAAAUUAUUGACAAACCUGAGAACCCUACUCCGUAAGAUGUUGAGAGAUUAGAGAUUAAUGAGUAAGAGGAAUGUGUAAUUUGCAUGAAUUAGAUUAUUUUUGAAGUGGACAAUACAAAUGGACUUGGAAUCAGUGCUAUUCCUACUAAAAAAGCUAAGUUUUACAUGAAGACACCAUGUAAUCAUAAGUACCACGUCUAGUGUCUUAAGAAAUGGAUGGAGAUUAGACUUGAAUGUCCAUCAUGCAGGCAAGUUAUCCCUGAACUUGAAGACGAUGAAUGA